AUGGUCACAGUCUCGGGUAUUCCUGCCGAGGUGGACUAUCUUAUGGACGAAAUCGACAAGCCGGUAUACGACGAGUAUCGCAACAGCCUGAACAGACUGCUGUUCCAUGGGGUGGGUGAUUCGUGGAACGAAGACAAGACCGAGGACCGGCACCGUAGGAUCCCCGGCGUAUUCGCGGUCGCGCUCCAGCCCCGCACGCGUAGUCGGUCGCGCAGCCGGUCGCGCAGCCGGUCGGGCAGUCGACGCUACCGAAGCAGAUACUACGGCGACGAUGACGACGACAUCGAGCGGCGGUACGGCAGCAGAUAUGGCGACGACGACGAUGACCGGUAUUACCGUCGGUCGAGCCGGUAUAGCGAUGAUCGGAGCGAAUAUAGGCGGCCAUCGAGCCGGCGGCAGUCACGGUCGCCAUCGCGGUCGAAUGAGCGCCGGCGCAGUUCCAAUGCAACGCGAUCUCCGUCGCCGGCGGUGGACGAUGCUGAUCGGGACCUGCGCACAGUGUUUGCGAUGCAGCUGUCGGCAAACCUGACGCGGCGCGACCUGAUGGAAUUCUUCGCCAAGGCGGGGCGUGUGCGUGAUGCGCAUAUAGUGUCCGACAAGGGGUCACGGCGGUCACGCGGUGUCGCCUACCUCAGCAACGAGCGGCUGCUGGGCGUGCCGAUUAUUGUGCAGCCGUCGGAGGCCGAGAAGAACCGUCAGGCGUCGCUGAAGCAGUACAGUGCGGCGGGCGUGCCGAUGAACCGGACCACGCCGAUCAACAGCAUGAUCCACGUCGACGGACUGGUGGUCAACAUGGAGUCGAGUGAUCUGCGCAUGAUCUUUGAGCAGUUCGGGCCUGUGGUCCACUGCCGCGUCAUGCAGGCACGCGAUGCCAAGGGCGAUUAUGCGUCGGCGACAGUUGCGCAGCUGGCAGCCGAAAAAAUGAAUGGCUUUGAUCUGGUUGGAUCGAGCCUGCGCGAGACGCUGGCGCGCAGCGAGCUACUGUGCCCGCGGCUCGACUCUACUGCGCCUGGCACCCCUGCAGAGACGGAAAGUGCUAUCAGCCAACGUGGGUCGAAGGACCUGAGCGACGACGUGCGUGACGAGUGCGUAAAGUACGGCCGGGUCGAGCGAGUGUUUGUGGAUCGCGAGUCGUGCGGCAAUAUCUAUCUCAAGUUUGCCGACGAGGAAGCGGCGGAGCUGGCGCGCAAGGCCAUGAACCACCGGUGGUUUGGCGGGCGACAGGUGGUUGCGCAGUUCAUUCCGGUAGAGCGCUUCGAGGACGCUGUGUCACUCAGUGGCAGCAGAGUGUGCGGCACAGAAAGCGUCGAGCCGGCCACUGUCGCGACCCCACAGAUUUUUAAGGACGCAGACACGGAGACACAGCCGUUGUUGGGUGCACGCGAACAAAGUGGUGGCUAUAGCACAGCACUCUCGCGCGAGUUCACCGUUGGCCCAAACAGCAGCGACUCCGAGGAGAGCGAGAGCGAGCGCGAGUACGAGGCCGUAGACAUUGGCUUGUACGAGGAUACGUUUUCGUUCCGCAAGCUGUUGAGGUUCGCGGGACCUGGGUUCGCAAUCGACCUGCACUGCGGCGCAGUAGCUGGGUACAAGCUGAUCUGGCUCCUGUUCCUUACCCAUGCCCUGGGCCUGUACAUUCAGACGCUUUCAGCGCGCAUUGGCACAGUGACGGGCAAGAACCUUGCACAGCACUGCCGCAUGCGGUUCGGUAAGCGCAUCAGGAUCCCCCUGUGGCUUGUGUGCGAGCUGGCAAUCAUCGGCUCGGAUAUCCAGGAAGCCAUUGGCACGGCUAUCGCCCUGUACUUGCUGUUUGGGAUCCAGGUGUGGGCAGGGAUCCUGCUGGCUGCUGUGCUGAGCUAUGUGAUUCUGGGGAUCCAGAAAUUCGGCGUGCGCAAGGUCGAGGCUCUGUUUGUGGCCAUGAUUGCGGUGUUCUUGGCCAAGCCCGACAUUCGCCAGAUCGCCAAGGGCUUUCUGGUCCCAGGCAUCCCGCGCAACGCAACUGUGCAGGCCGUCGGCAUUGUAGGCGCGGUGAUCAUGCCGCAUAAUCUGUUUCUGCACUCGGCGCUGGUCGGCACUCGGCGGAUCAAGCGGACGCGCGGCGUGCGCAGCAAGAGCAUCCGGGAGGCGAACUUUUACAACACCAUCGAGUCGGCCAUCGCCCUCCUUUUCUCAUUCAUAAUCAACGCGACCAUCCUGGUCGUGUUUGCCAACAUCUACAACACAGGCAGGCGUGCCCUGGACGACGAGCAUCUGCCGGGUCUCAUUGACGCGGCCGAUCUGCUGGGCCGCGCCUUUGGGCCAAUCGGCCCGCUGCUGUGGGCCAUCGGCUUGCUGUCGUCGGGCCAGAGCUCCACGGCCACAGGCACGAUGGCCGGGCAGUACCUGAUGGAGGGCAUGAUGGAUCUAAGGAUAAGCCCGUGGCUGCGCAUGCUGGUGACGCGCUCCGUGUCGCUUGUGCCCACCAUGCUCGUUGGCACCCUGGCGAGCUCGUAUCUGGACCAGUUCGACGAGUGGCUGAAUGUCCUGCAGAGCCUUGCGCUGCCGUUUGCGCUAAUCCCGACGCUAAAGCUGGCAGAGAGCAAAAGCGUCAUGGGAGCCGAGUUUGCGACGCUCAGGUGGUGGAGGCGCUUUGGAUGGGUGGCGGCCGCAGCCAUUAUUGCUUUGAAUAUCUAUUUGCUGCUGCCGAUAGUGAGCGAGGUGGCCACGCGCGGAGUGACCGCGGCCGUUGCUGCGUACGGCAUGUUUGCUCUGUAUAUGUCAUUUGUCGCAGUGCUGACGUUUUGCGAAAGCUGA